AGCCAUGUUGGAUCAUUGGCGUCUGCAGAUUCCGCAGAACACCAGGGCCCGGCAUACAGCCAAGUUUACCCUAUACUUGUUGCUCCGUGUUGUGUUAGUGAAUCAGUCAGAAUAUCCUCGGCAUAAUUGUUUCUCCCAUAAAAACACAUGGAUCAAAACUAAAAAUCUAUGAAUGAUCAACAACAGUGGACCUUGGUUGGACGACUAGAGCCUCAGUGCCCUCUCCAAGUGCUAAAAAUCCAUCGCCUUGAUUGAAUUAACUUUUUUUUACCCCAAAUUUUUUCUCAAUUUUACCUACAAAAGACGACGAACGACUAUUGCCACAGCACUCCGAAGACUAUUGUUGACAGUCAAUCAUCAAUAUCCAGAUAAUUCGGUGAAAAAUGUCUCAACACUUCAUGACAGUCUGCGUUGUCUGUGUACUAUGUGCAUCCCACAACCCCUGCUCUGCUCAUACAACAGUGUCUCCCAAUCUCCCAAGUUAUGAAGAUUCAGUGCUAGCACCGAUUCCAAAGUACUUGCGCCUAAAUUCCAACAGCGAUCCUCGAAAUCAUCAUGAAAUGAUGACUCCACCAGUGGAGGAUCGGGGUGGUUCCCACGUGGCCAUUGCACAUCGUUCCAAGAAACUUCUGCACUCGGAGAAAAUGAAAUUGCGAUUUGAGAAACAGGAAAUGCCUGCUCCGAGAGAGAUCGAACAUCUGCAGAGUCGCGAGGUGCUUCAGAGACUGGGGCAUAUCCCAGAGGACAAGUCAACGGGGCAACUCACCACGGAAAAAUACUCAAAGAAUCAGGAAAAGAUGAGCAAGAUGAGGCAGAAACGCCAUUCAGAGAUUCAAGACAAUUACUAUCUUAAAAAGAUAUUCGAUACCUUUGGUGACGGGGAGAGCCUCUCCAUGGAGGGCUUUGAGAAUAUGUUGAAGAAAUUGGGCCUCACUGAUCUCAUCAGAAAUGUCGAGAGAGACGAGAAUCGAGCGGGAGUGAACGGUACAUUACGUCUGGAUGAAAAUUCCAGUAAAAAAUCAGAGGAUCCCAACCAUAUAAAUGCGAAAAAACAGUGUCUCAGCACUCGUGAUUUUCUCAUCCAUCUCUCACCAGUUCCACACGCCCCCAACAUCAGCAAUCUCACACAGGAUCUCUUCUCACGAGCCUGUCCUGUACUUCUGUACCAUCUGACGAGUUCUUCCCCGGUGGAGAACUCUGGAUGCAUAAGCAUGCCCACAAUGAGCCAAAUUCCGUUGGAUCCUUCCCCGGAUGAUUUCGAUGACGAGCCAACCCGCAAUAUUGUUCAGGUCUGGGUGUACUCCACGAUAUCGAUAGUGAUAAUAAGUCUCUGCGGUCUCCUGGGUGUGGCAGUGAUUCCAGUGAUGGGAAAGUCCUAUUACAAUCAAUUGCUCCAAUUUCUUGUAGCCCUGGCAAUAGGAACUCUGUGCGGUGACGCCCUGAUUCAUCUACUACCCCACGCGAUGAUGUCCUCCCACUCGCACGAGCUGGGGGUUAUUCCCAAGGAAAUUGACCACGAGAGCCUCCACAACUCCAAUAUGUGGAAAGGACUGACAGCUAUGAUGGGCCUGAUCCUCUUUUUCUUCACAGAGAAGGCUCUGUCGGUAGUGGCAGAAUGGCGAAAGUACAGACAGAGGAGGAACAAACAACCAACGAGGGUCAGAGUUAUGAGAGAGAGCGAGGGACCCAGCACUGUUGGUGAAAAAUUGUGCAAGCACAAGUACUCAUCUUAUCCGUAUUGCUACGGAGAGAUCACGACUAAGGACAAUCAUCAUGAGCACGAACACAAUGAUAAGGAGAGGAGUAGUGGGGAGGAGGUGAAGCCACUGAACGAGGUAUCGUCGAAUUCGGUGGGAAAGGAGGAGACGGGAAAAAAAGAGGAAUGGAAGCGCGAGGAAGCGCAGAGAAAGAGUGAGGAGGAGGGGGCUGAGGGUGAUGGCUACACGGUUAUUAUUCGGGAGCAUGAGAACAAGCAUCAUGGCCAUACACAUUCACAUGGACAUGUCCAUGCAGCUCCCGAAUCCAUGUCUAGUGUGGCCUGGAUGGUCAUAAUGGGGGAUGGCCUUCACAAUUUCACUGACGGCAUGGCCAUCGGUGCGGCAUUUGCUGCUAAUAUAGCUGGUGGGUUUUCAACAGCAAUAGCAGUCUUUUGUCACGAAUUACCUCACGAACUCGGCGAUUUUGCUGUGCUACUUAAGGCUGGAAUGUCGGCGAAACAAGCGGUUUUUUAUAACUUACUAUCAUCCGUACUUUGUUUAUUUGGAAUGAUAUUUGGGGUGCUUCUUGGAGUUCAGUCAACCACCACAAGCUGGGUGUUUGCAGCAGCUGCUGGAAUGUUUAUUUACAUUGCACUUGUCGAUAUGAUUCCAGAAUUGUCCUCUGGGCAUACCGCAGAGGGCGGAUCAAACUGGCAAUGUGUCCUCCAAGGCCUAGGGCUCCUGACGGGACUGGGUAUAAUGCUAGUAAUAGCUCUGUACGAGCAUGAUCUCCAACACAUUUUUAGUGAUUAAAUUCACAAUUGAGUAGCAUUAUUUCUCUUUGUCAAUCCGUCACGGAAUUUUUUUAUCGUGGGAGUUGCAAAGAAACUCUCGAAUAUUAAGUAGAAACUAUAGUUACUCUGAGAUUCCAACGAAAGAAUAGGUGGUUUAGUUUUUUUCUCUCAUUUACGUUCUGAUCAAGAUUUGAAAGUUUUUCUAAUUUAAUUAUUCAACAAAAAAAAACUGAACAAUUACACAAAUGAUUGUUUUAUUUCAAUUUCUCGCUCUCUUUUGCUCUUUGCCUGGGGAGAUAUACAUACUAGACAAAACGACAAAACGAGAGAAGGUCAAUUCGUUGAAAAUGUUUUGCUCAUGUCAAUCAUGAAUGGAAAUUCUCAUAUUGUUUAUUGCAUUCCAGUUUACGAAUGUUCAUUUCGAACGAUUUUUUUUCAUACCCAAUUGAAGAAAUUCGUCUUUCGCUUCGUCAAUAUUUUUGGUGCAGAAAUAAGGUGCUUAAACGUAUUACUGUAAUACCUAGGAACAUUGUAAAAGUGUUGUGAUUAUUUUUCAACGACAGUUGAUUUGGUGAAGCUAAGAGAAUCUCAUUUCACGAAGGGGAAUUUGAACCGUACUUUUCAUUAGAUUUGUCAAAGCUACUUAACAAUAUCAGGAGGGGAGUGAUAACACGACAAAUACCAAUUUUUAGAAUGUACUAUUUUCCUAUUAUCCGAAGAAGAAUUAGUUUCAGAAGGAAAUAUGUUUAGAGCAUUUUUAUACCUGGAGAAAUUUAUCACAAAAGAAUGUUUUAUCACUUUUAUUCCAAAGACCACGCACUAAUAAAAUAAAUGAAGAAUUAAUGCCGGUGGAAAUCCUAUUCGUUCUCUUUCUUAAUUUUAGCCCUAAAUUGGUUUUGCUAAGUUCACAUUUAUAUCAGAAAUCAGCCAUUCUACGAGGAAAUGUUUUAAAGUCUGUUGGGACCUCGGAACAAAAAUGUCUUCUAACAUUUUCUUCUAGAACCAUUCGUUAUUGAAAUACUUGUAAAUAGUUUCAAGUGGCAUUGGAGACUGAAUGAAAUGAUCGAAAAGGAAUAUUACUUUAAUUCUUGGUAAAAUGUUAUCACUCGAAGCCUGAUGUCUCCCGGAAAUUCUCUAAUAAUUAAUAAGUCAUGUCUUUCGCAAGAGUUGCAGGAUGAAAAAGCCAAAGUUUAAUAAAUUCCAUAAUCAUUAAAGUGAAAAAUCAAUCGGUAUCCGAUUAUAUUUAGCCUUUUAUUUCAAUUAAUUUUCAUUUGACACGGAAGCUACAUGCGAAGGGACAAAAGGCAGAUGAUAUCAAUUAAGUAUCUUACAUUAAGUUGAAAUGUAUUUCUAAUUUGUAUUGAUAGGAAAAAAGUGAUGAAUUACUUUUUCAUGAGGAUCUAAUAACAUUGAAUUUUUGAAAAAUUAA